CCCCUCGCCCCCGGCGGUGACGCGCACCCCGUGCCCGCGCCUGCGCGGAGCGCAGCGGCGUGAUGGCGGUGCCGGGCGGAGGUGCGAAGGACGACACAUUCAACGUGCUGGACCUGGCGGAGUACACCAAGAACCGGCCCUGGUGGCGCAAGAUCUUCGCCCCCAACUCGGGGUCGAGCGCUGAGAAAUACAAUGUGGCCACGCAACUGGUGAUCGGAGGGGUCACGGGAUGGUGUACUGGAUUCAUCUUCCAGAAAGUUGGAAAGCUGGCAGCGACAGCAGUGGGAGGUGGCUUUUUCCUACUUCAGAUUGCAAACCACACAGGAUACAUUAAAGUGGAUUGGAAUUUAGUACAACGGGACAUGAACAAAGCCAAGCAACAGCUGAAGUUUCACAGCAGUGGUAAUAAAAUGCCUCCAGAAGUGAAAAGCAGAGUGGAUGAGGUGGUCAUAUUUCUGAAGAAGAAUGUUAUCCUGACUGGAGGGUUUGCUGGAGGAUUCCUGCUUGGAAUGGCAUCCUAGAAGCUGCAUUCUCCUCUCAUGCCCAGCCUCCCCUCCCCUCUUCCUCUGCUGUUAUCUCUCACUUAGAAGUGAAAGGAUGUUGCCAACAGACUCAGUCCCAUCUGCUCACAGGUUCCAGCCCUUAUUUCUUAGAACGCUGCUUCUGAUUUCCAACUUUUUCUUCUGUCUGGGCUGUUAGUGGGCUGGGGUUGGUCUGAAAGCUUACAACUCCCAGUGUACCAUUAUGAUUUCCCAACAAAUAUGCCCAGUCCCAAAUUGUUGGAGUUGGAACUUCAUAAAAAUGUAGUGGCAGAGAAACCUCUUAAAUGUGCUUCUUCCAGGUGCUCAGGACUGUUACAUGUACCUUUGUCUGCCAGUAUAUGUGUACAACAGCUGUCAGCUCUUCACCACUGUUUAGCUUUCAGUAUUCCUGCCCUGGUACCUGGAAAACCUCUGCUUCCCUCGGCACAGAGGUGGUCUUUGCAAUCCAAAUCGUGGUUGACUAUCCUGGGGUGGAUGCAGAAGUGUCAAAGGACAGUGUGAGCUGUGUCCARGAUAAGUGAAUAUGGAUUUUCCUGCCCUCCCCCUGCUGUUGCACUGCACAUAGAUGGCCAUGUGGCUUUCUCUCUGCUGUUAGUCUUCCCCAUACUGGAAUUGCAGCACUGGCCCUGCUGAUGGAAAUGAGCACUGAGGCUGACUCUCCAGGCCCUUUCCUCAUCAUGUGUUCUGAAAGUCACCAAGUCCUGUGCUGCAGAGCCACCRGACUGCUCAGCCUUUGGGGCUCUCUGCUGCUUCCAGCAGGCUUGACCUGGCUGUGUCAGAUGGGGGCAUUUCAGCUAUGCCACUUACUGUAAAUCACCCUGGGCCUCUCACUGGGCUUUCCAUGGCUGCCACGACCUUCUCUGGUCACUUUGGUAUUGGUGAUGCUGUUUGAGCUGUAACCAUGUAAGACAGGACUGUAGACAGGAAAUGCAUUCCUGCUUAGGGUGCACUGUACUGGUCCAGGGUCCCUGUUGCCAGCUCUGCAAUGUGAAAUCUGGAGUGCGAUCCUUUACCUCUCCGUAAAGAGCACAAAUUCCUUUUCCCUGGUCUCUGCAAGCAACUGAAAUGACAAAACUCAUGUGAAAACCAGACUGUGCUUUUGUGAGAGCGGUUCGUUUGCAUACUUCUGCCUCCGUUAUGUUCCUUCCUUCUUUGUGUUUGCCAUUUCCACAAGAAGAGCUGCUUGCUUAAUUCCAUCAGUUGCAGCUCUUCUGCAGGUGAUGAGGCAGCUCAGGUGCAGAGCUCAGCUGUUUCUGGRCAGUCUGAUUCAGUGCAGUUGUGUGCAGCACAAACAAACAUCCCCCAGAGGUAUUCUGUGAGCAUGGAGACUUGCCUGACAGUGUGRUGAUGUCCUCCAGAAGGCAGAGAUAGGAGUUCUUGCCCAGAAUGUGGGGUUUUGUGUGAAAGCUCAUCCUUCAAUGGGAAACGGGGUAGGGAGCAAGACACUCAUGGGUGGUUGGUUUGCAGCAKCUGGGUCGGCAGCUGCACCCCAUUUCCAGUGCUGUGCAACACCUUUGUGAUCUGCUGGAAAUGGGAUUUUCCCCGAGAGCUGCUGACAGAGCUGGAACGGUGGUUCUUCCACCAUAGGGUUUGGAAUGAGCGCUUGCAGUUGUUAAUUUUGUUUCAGCUGUGUUGACUGAAGUGUCAGUGUAGCACCGCAUUGAUUAAACUGAGGUUUUUCUCAGCUUCAGAAUUURAAAAGAGGAUGCAGGUAAUCAAGAGGCAGAAGUUGGUGUCUUUGCUCCUGUCCUGCCAUACAUGGCCAAGGACAAUGAAGGAGCAGCUGGGCUCACAUCCUUUUAAUGGAGGCCUACCUAUAGGCCAUCCUGAAAUGUAGAAGUGAUGGGAUGCAGCACAUAGGUCUUCAAUAAUUGGUGUUUGGCAGCGAACAAACAGAUGAUGGUGGUGGGUUUUGGAGGUUUGGUUUGUUUUUCUGUAGGGUCUGCAGACGUGAAUUUGCAUAAAUUGAUACAUUAGUCUUGCAGGGUAUCUCUUGUUCCUGUAGGACAGCAGCAUUGCUGCUCUUUGGCUGGGUGUGCUGCAGAACACAACUUCUGAGAUGCACUGAUCUCCACAAAGCUUUCUCCAAAGACAAAGCUCAAAGCAAAUCAUUAACAGACUUUAGGGACAUUUUUCAGGCUCAAGUCAGUCACUACUUCUGCCCAGCCGAGGUGGGGUGGGUUCUGCUCAAGUCCCAGUUUGCUGCUACACAGAGAAAUGGCCCAGAGAGGGAGCUAAAAUGCCUCUGUUGCUGCUGGAAGGGAAAAMAAGUAACAGAUUCAUAUCGAGUUUGCUGUAAAUGUAGGCAGGGAAUGGACAAGGACAUCAAGAUGUGGUAAAUCUUUAUUUUGUGCUGGUGUUGGGCUCGUGGCUGGCACUGUCUGAUGCUGUGAGUCCACACUGGAAGCUUUGAUGCUGAAUCAGCCUCUGUGGGGAUGCAUUUUCAUUGCUGCAGGUGCCAAGAUGAGGCRUCCCUUCCCCUCCCCACUCCUGCUCCUUUGAGUCUUCUGACAUCUGUUACACUAUGAGAAGAUUUCAAACACAUUAGGCUUUUAAAGUGGUUUUAUAUAUUGUAUGUAAAUGCUUGUUGAAGUGAUAUUUUAUUAAACAGUUUUGCUUUAAAUACU